UUAUGACGCUCAAGCGUUCCAAAUGACGCAACAAUACAGCUCCAGACCAGAGAAAGUUAAUGCCGAAGAAAUCAUUCGGUUCAACACUAAAACUGAGGUUUGACACGUGUGAUUUGAGGCUAGAGCUUGAGGACUCAACUCUGAAGACUGUUUCUGAAUUCACUGACCUGGUGAGUAAAUGUUGUGUACAAUGGCACCAUCUAGUGACAGAAACAUAGAAACACACAUUGUUGCUGAACGAAGGCAUCUCUUUAUUUUCCAGAAAUAAAACUUGUAGACCUUUCCUGCAGGCUCUGAGGAGAUGGACAGCUCUUCUUCUUCUGGACGAUCUCCGUCUCCUACUGGGACUGUCUUCUUACCCCCUCCUAUCAUGUGGAACAGUCUCUACAAGCAGGCAGAGAUGGAGGUUCACUUCCCGAGUGAAGAGAAGAAGACCUAUACAGAGAAGGAAGCCCACAUGCUUGAGUUGAGGGGGAAGGAUCGAACGAUCCGAAAUCAGAAGAAGGAGAUGGACAGACUUCAAGUCUGCCUCUGGGAGGAGGAAAAGAAGAAGAGGAAUGGUGGAACGGAGAAGGACAAGAUCAUUGAACAAUUACAGUCUGAGACAGACCAUCUCCGAGCCCUUUUAAAAGAUGAAAGGAGGAGAAGAAGAGUAGAAAGGGGUAUCAUGGAAGAGUGGAAGGCUGAGAUCUUGAGACUGAGGGAGGCAGAGUGCCAGAGGGAGUCAGAGAGCCAGAGGGAGGCAGAGAGCCAGAGAGAUGCAGAGAGACAGAGAGAAAGGGUCCCUGGUUCGAGCCUGGGUAGGGGCGAGGGGAUGGACUAA